AUGGCUCACCUCCAACUUAUUCUCGAUCGCCUCAUUGUUGAAAACCUUCACGGACCUAUAAAUUCUGUUUCAACCUCGCAUCAACCUCGAGUUUCGAGAAACGAUGGCUCGCAAACUGAACUAUAUGCCACGUUUCAACAAAGAGAUGAUCAAGAUCUGGAUGCCGGGGAUCCAAGUGAUAGCAAAAACGAUGAUUUACUGUUCUUUGUUAGACAGACAAAUCCUGAAAAUGAAGAUCUUGAUCCAGUGUUUGUUAAAAGAAAGCCGACACCGCGUGUAAUGCCAAGUCUUGAUGAUACAGUAUUAUGGAAAGAAACGUUUUUUCUCAAUUUGAUUGUUCAGUUACCUUGUAAGUUAACGGUUGCUGUAUGCACUCGUACACCAGCUGAUAACGCAGAUGGACCUAAUCAAAAGACAAGUAUGACAUGCUCAAGAAAGCAUGUAUCCAAACGCGUUUAUGCACUUCCAACUAAAUCAAGAAUGGAUAUUAAGGAAACAUCCAUGGAAUGUUCCUACCCAGUUAUUUAUUAUGUUAUUGAUGAUUAUGAGGAAAUGUUUGAACAUUUGAUUGUCAGUGAGGGGGAAUAUUUGCGUAAUCGACAUCGAAGGUCUAUGACAAAUGAACCAUUUCCACAGCAUAAUGAUACAAAAAUAACCUUGUUUCAAGGUGCAGCUUCUUAUACUGCUUUGCUAGACAUUUAUAAGCAGAAAACAUCAAGUAAGCAAAAUAGAAGAUUCAAAAUGGGUCCUCAAACACCACCCACAGAGUAUAUCAUGAUGCGAGGUCCAGCUGGGAAGGGACAUGCUCAGGUGGCUAUUACGGCAUCUUCUUUGGAAGAUGAUUUCUCAGAUGGCACAUCUCCACCUUCACCUAGAAAUAGUGCAUUUCCUGGCCUAGGACUUGAUAAUAAUUGGUCAGAAAAUAAAGCUACAAAUAAUCAAAAUGGUAGAUCAGCAGUCCGGAAUCAAAGACCGGGUUCAUCUAACUCAUUUUUUCAAUCAUUGAGAAGACUUUCACAGUCAAUAACUGAUAAACCUGCACAAGAUCCGGAAAAUUUAAAAUGUUGCAUGACAUUUAAAAAACAGCAAGCAUUAUGA